GUGUGUUAAGCUGGGCAGGCCAGAUUCCUCAGUCAGCCGCGCUCCUCAUUACCACGGAACAACACACAUCACAGUAACACUCCUUCCAAGAUAUACACUCCUAAUGACACACAGCAGCUUUGCACACGUUCUUAUAAAGCAGCGGUGGGCUUGUUUUGAAUCCAUGAGGGGACUUGCUGGAGACGGCACGAGAACACCGUGAUCAUGUCUGAGAAUCCGGAGGAGCAGCAGAGUCCUGGGGUCUUGGGCCGGAUCGGGAGCUGGUUCUCUCCAUGGAGGGGAAGGAGUCCCAAGAGUCCCGCUGAAAAUUCAUCCCAAACUCACGAUCAGGCGCUCAACUCAGAGGAAGACAAGAGUGAGGAACCUGCCAGGGCCGAGGCAACGAAACACCAGUGGGGGGAGAAGGAACAACGCUCCAAUACCAAGCCACUGGGUCCCUCAAGAGACAUUUUCCGCUUUGAAGAAGUGGACGCCACGCAGUCUGCCCACAGAGAACGCUCUGUUGUGAGCAGCAGUGAGGCUGCAGGAGGAGGGCCAAGAGAGGAGGAGUUUUUAGGCAGCAAAAAGAAGACACUAGAGCAGGCAAGGGAGGGCAGCCAUGCUUCUUUGGCGGGCGGGAAUUAUGACAGGGUUGCCAGUCAUCUGACAGAUCUCUCUGUUGCCUCAUCCUCCACUGAGCAGGGUGUGGUAUGGAACUCUGACCAGGUCCACACCCAGCCUUUAGCCCAGAAAGACCCACAGGUCCAGGCAGGAAGGAGGCUUCAUGUGUACGUGGAGGAGACCAGCGUGACUCACUGUGGCCAAGACACCUUAACAGGACAGGAAGUGAUCCUCACCAAAAUUGAGAAGACGAUACCCGUCUUCCCAAAGCCUAAAUCACCAAAGUUGCCAAGUAUUGAUCUCUCAAGAAGCUCAAGUUCAAAAGCAGAGGAGAACAAAAGUGUACAUUUAAGGCCUGCGGUUGGACCACAAAGUUAUUGCACAGCGACACAGCAGGGAGUGUCACAGAAAUUACACAAAGACUGGCAGUUGGAGCUUGAACAAGACCAAACAGAGGCUGGCAGCAUGGGACGUAAAAACUCAGCUAAGAAGAAAACGAGGAAAAACUCUCAGGGAGAUGGCGAGAGCAGGCCUCAGGGAAAAAUGCCUGUCAAUGUCCCACCUGUUCCAGAAGGAUCCCUUCCCCCCGAAAGCUCAGCAACCAGCCCACAGGGUGAAAGUCCACAGAGUCACGUUGAAGAGCAACCUAGUGACUCCUCCUCCAAGCACAGCCUCACCUCACCUGGAGGUGGGGAAAACGAAACUUCCUGUCCUGAUGCCGCCAAGAAUGCAGACAAAUUCCUGGGCUCAAAUGCAGUCACUGCAACGGCUGAUGGAGGUGCAGACAUGGAGGACGACGAAAGUUAUUACAAAGUGGAACGGAAGACGGAGACACCGGAGUCCAAACGUAGGAGUAUUAAAGUUUCUCGGAGCGAAGUGAAGCUUUUUCCUAAAAAUGUGCCUUUGAACACUGAGAAAAGAAUAGUGGAGGUGGACCUGGAGUCUGCACCGGACCACAACAAUGUAACAAAGGACGGGCCCCAUGCAGAGACUGAUAAAGGACAGCAAGAUAUGAAGAAACCCGAGAAGCCAGCAGCCGGCCGGAUUGCAGAUAAGAUCAGCCUAUUUGAGCACCAGGCGGCCACGACGGACCUCAAAAGGACCUUUAAAAUCCCGAGGAGCGCCGAUGUCUCUCCCGCUAGGAAACCGACAGGAAUACUCAAAGCUGAUUGUCUGCCACCGGCGCAGAGGUCAAAAUCAGCUGAGCGAUACGGCACUGCAACUUCCAGCCCUGUGCCACCCCAACAGGACAGUAUGCUGACGGUUAAAGAGAGGGCGAGGAACUUUACAGAGGGAGCUACAAGAAAUUUUAAAUCAGUGCUGCCUCAAAAGUCAGCCAAGACAGGAAUUACUAAAAAAUCUAUAGCAUCUGCUGCAUCAAAGUCAUCAGAACCCGACAGUCAGGGUAAACUGGAUACUGAAGCAAUGACAAAAGUAACACUAAAACCAGAUGGACAGGAUACCGCUGCUGGUGGGGUGAAACGUUCCACUCCUAUAGAACAAUAUGGCACACAGACCUUACAGGCAGCAGGCCAGGGUACAAAACCUAACAGUGUUGCAACGAAAAGCACAAGUGACACAGCAGAACUGACCAAUAACAUAAGCACACGUUACAAAGUCCCUAGCAGAUCAGGGUCUCGGUCUAAACGAAGAAAAAGUAAGGAGCCGACUAGUCCUGUUGGCGAAAAUCGGGAAAACAAGGCAGACUCUAGUAAGCAAGAGGUCACUGCUGUAAAACAAGUUGAUGAUGUGGUCUUUCUACCACCCGAUGACGUAGAAGGCACUAUAUCCGAUAAACGCAAAUUUGUAAAGGAGUCUGACAUUUCUGAUAAACAGUUGGAGUCGCAUUUUGGAAAAGAGACUGAUAACCUAGUCAACAGAAUGGAGGAAGUACCCGAAUCAUCAGUCGACAAAGACGAACUCGAUACUGCUGCUUCUAUCAGGAAAACAAAGAAACCUAUUGACGAGGUCUCUGUUAGUUCGUCCCAAAAGGAGGACAAAACUGCGGGGGAAACUCGUCGACCCAAACAGGAGGUCAAAACUGCAGCAGAGCACAAACCUUCUCCGUCGCAGUCAGUAGAACAUCUUAUUGAGAAGACUCCCCCAGUCGUCAAGAAACCACUUGGUGAAAGCCCAAAACUAGAUGAAGAACCACCAAAGCAACCUGGCUCGAGAAGCAGACUAAAAGUAAGGCAGCACCAAAUCAUAGACACAAAGCCAACAAGUCAGGGUAAAACUAACGACGUUGCGAAAUUAGAAUGUCAGGAUAAAAAACAGCUUGAGAAAAAAGACAAAGAAACACCAAAAAAACUCAUCAAUCCAGAUACAAACAUGACACAGAACACAGUUUUGCAGCAUAGACGAGACAUUUUGAGGACAGAGGAAAGUGUUGCUAUGGAUAAUCAGACAAAUCCGACUGAGACACAAGAGAAAACACAGCCUAUAAGAGAUGUAAAUAAAGCAGACUCAGAAGGAUCCUUAACGUUCCCGACUCAAACACUAACUACAAACCUAGAGAAGGCUAUAGUGUGUUCCGUCAUUCAGACUAAAGAGACUGCAAAAGAUAGUGAUCAAGGGUCUUCCCUUGAAGAGACAGCUGUAGAUGUGUCUGAGAAGGUAAAGUCACUAGAAAGAGUCAGGACAGAACAAGAUCCAGUAAUUAUUGCAACACAAGAACACCAGCCUAAUUUUGCAUCUGUGGAACAAUUAGAGGGCGCAGUCACUGACUCACAUAAGCAUGAACCCAAUUUGGGUGGUGACUUUAGUGCAAAGCCUGAGCAAGAAGCAGUCUCUCAUGACCCCCCCGUGCUGAUAAGGGCUCACACUGACACUAUGGGAGCUGUUAAAGAGACGACUUGUAUUUCUGUUGAGGGGAAAAGCCAGGGCAGUGAGACACAAAGCUCAGCGGCAAACUCAUCUACAGAUAAAAUAUCACUAACAAAACCACAGUGUGGGGAAGUAAAUAACACUGUCGAUCUCACUUCAGGGAGAGGCUCAGACAAAACAGAUCAGAACCGCUCUGAUGAUGUUCUUUCUUGUGCCGCAGUUAAUGUGAUAAACAAGACAGAUGAAGGGAUUGAUGCGCCAGGGAUUAUUGAGCUUCCCCCUGCCAUUAACGAGGAUCUCUCUUCACAACUUGACACGAUCAAAGACUACCCAGACAAUAACAAACAAUCUUUAGAGGCCCCCCCAUCCCCAAAGGCUAAAAAACUAGCCACAGAGCCAAUCCAGCAUUCAUCCCCUAAGAAGCUGCAUUCACCACGAGGACUAAGCAGAGAUGAUUCUUCAUUUCAUCAGCAGGACGCGCCCUCUAGUUGGCUCGAUGUGGACUUCCCAAAGCAAAGACUUAAACUCCCCGGGCCCAAACUGAGCGCCUCGGUGAGCGAAAGCAAUCUUCUGGACACAUCUGAUGAGCUAGAUGAUGAAAAUUUCAUUGAGAAGAUCCAGAAACUUUGCGCUCCCUUUUCCCUCCCACCACGGAAACACAACCAAAUCCGGCCACCUCAGCCCCCUUUUGCGAUGCCGGCCAUCAAGGAAGACCACUUUGAGAAGACGUUUGACCCCGAGGAGUUUAAAUUUGGCCUUAGGAGGAGGAAUCGCUCCUUUGACACAGGUCCGAGCCUCUUGGCCAAACUUCAGAACCCAGAGGCCAAAACUGUCACAAAGCCUGCUCGGGCGAGCAUAGUAGAUAGAUGUCUGUUGAUUAGUAGUCUGGAUACUUCUCAUCUAAAAGAUAUGACGUCUAACAAAGAUGAAGAGGACACCAAGGAAGAGAAAGACGAUCCCAUGAUCAGGAAGUCUCGCUUAGAGGGAAGCUGUGUCCUUAACAUUCUCACCGCCCCUAGCCCUAAGGGGAGGAGAAAUGGGGGGGUUCAGGCACAGUCAGAGGGCACUAACUUUGGUGAUGUAUCACCGCAGCUUAGCCCUUUAUCCGAGUCAGCCUCACCCACUGCAGACAAUUUCACCAAAGUUAGGGAAGACCAAAUUCAGCCUACAGGGGCUGUGGUCGGUGACUCAGGUCCUCCAUUUCCCUCCUUUAACGACAUCAAGCUGCCUGACUAUUUGGAGAAGUACCUCCCUCUGGAACCUGCAAAAACAGGGCAAAGUAUGCAGGAACAGGCGCAAAUGAAAACUGAGGUUACUGCAAAAACUACAUCCCCCGUCUUUGAACCAGAUCUGGUUGUAAAACCAGGUUCGAACCACCCUCAUAGUGUGCCUUCAUCUUUUCCUGUGAAUCCGCCAAGCAUUUACCCAGCACAGUCGGAGCUUCGGCAGCCUCUUCCCCAGAGGAUUCUUAGUAAUAAUGUGAGGACUGCCAAGGGUUUUCAUAAGCGACCUGGAAAGAUCGUACUGUUCUCCAAAGCUCAGUUCAGCGGCCAAGCCUACGAGAUUUACAGGGACAUGGCAGAUGCCACUCACCUGCAGCUCUCAAACAUCAUAUCUGUGAAGGUCAUCAGAGGAUGCUGGAUCCUCUACGAAAAGCCGGACUUUCAGGGCCGCUGUAUCGCCUUGGAGGAGGGGGACCUCGAAUUGACAAACGAGUGGGCAGAACCGGGGCCAAACAACACCCCGCCAAUGCUAAUUGGCUCCAUUCGACUUGCCGUCUGUGAUUACAGCACCCCCCAUAUUGAUCUGUUCACAGAACCGGAGGGUCACGGUAGAGUGACGCCUUACCAUGACGACACCAUAGAGACGGGCUCCUUCGGAAUCCCGCUGAGCACCGCUUCCAUCCAAGUGCACUCCGGGUUGUGGCUGGUGUUCAGCGAUCCGGGUUUCCAGGGAAUGCUUGCUGUUCUGGAAACAGGAGUGUACCCAUUUCCGGAGACAUGGGGCUUCCCGUCACCGUUUGUAGGCUCUCUCAAACCCCUUAAGAUGGGUGGUUUUAAAGUGGAGAAUCCAAAUGAAGUCAAGGCGGUGGUGUACGAGAAACCCGGAUUUGAAGGCUCCUGUUUGGAAAUCGACUGCGAUGUUUUCAGCUUUGGAAAUGGCGAAGAAGACGACGCGAACACGGACACCCCCAAGCUACAAUCUGUGGGUUCUCUGAAGAUAAUCGGAGGAUUCUGGGUCGGCUACAACGAAGCAGGGUUUGAAGGGCAGCAGUACAUGCUGGAGGAAGGAGAGUACCUGGACUGUAGUGACUGGGGAGGCUCGGGGCAGAUACUGUCACUGCGACCCAUCCUGGCUGAUUUCAUCUCACCGCACCUCAAAAUGUUCAGCAACAGAGAUUUCAGCAACCGAGGGGUCAACAUCGACCUGAUUGUGCCGGUCAUGAACAUGGACCACACCGGUUACGGCAUCAAGACGCAGUCUAUUGAAGUCAUCAGUGGCAUAUGGGUUGUGUUUGAAGAGCCUGCCUUUUGUGGCGAGUCCUACAUCCUUGAAAAAGGCCUCUAUGGAAGUCCAGAAGACUGGGGGGCACUACAGGACCGGAUCGCCUCUGCCAUGCCCGUUGUGCUGGAUGACUUUGAGAAUAUGGCCAAGUUCAAGGUGCAGCUUUUCUCCGAGCCAGCUUUUCAAGGCAGCAUCCUUUCUUUGGAGGACAGCAUGGCCACCGUGCAGCAAGGCUUCACUGUGGCCUCCUGCAAGGUCCUGGUAGGCAGUUGGCUGGCGUUUGACGGCCAGGACUUCACUGGCAGGAUGUAUCUGCUGGAGGAGGGAAAGUACCCCGACCUGAGGGCGAUGGGUUGCGUCAACGCGAGCGCCGCCAUCCAAUCAUUACAGACAGUUGGCUUUGAGUUCUCGCAGCCCUCCAUCAUUCUUUUUGAGCGCUGCGGUCUGCGUGGAAAGCGGGUGGUUCUGACAGACGGCUGUGUCAACCUUCAGCUGGCUGAAGGCUGCGCUCGGGUCCAGUCGGUGCUGGUGGAGGGGGGCAUGUGGAUAUUAUACGAGGGGAACAACUACCGGGGGGCUCAGAUUUUGGUGAAACCUGGUGAGAUGCCUGACUGGCGUCACUUCAGCAAGUGGAAUAAUAUUGGAUCCCUCCGUCCCCUUUUGCAGAGGCAAGUGCACUUCCGUCUAAGGAACAGACAGACACGGCUUAUGAUGUCAGUGACCGGCGAUCUAGAGGAGGUCAAACUGCUGCGGAUUCAAGAGGCCGAGGAGACGGACGGUUUUGAGCAGGUCUGGGUCUACCGCGGCGGGCAUCUCCAUUGCAAGAUGCUGGAGGAGUGCUGCCUGAGCCCCAGCGGUAGCGUCACUAUCGCAGGGUGCCGCAUGGGUCUCACACCCGAGCAGGACAACCAUGUGUGGAGCAUCACCCCUGAGGGCUUCAUUCGCUACAUGCCGAACUCCAAUUUGGUCUUGGAGGUGAAAGGGGGGCAUCAUUACGACAAAAACCAAGUGAUUCUCAACACCCUCGAUCCAAAUAAACUACACCAGAUGUGGGAUGUGGAGAUUAUUUAAAAGGCUAGCAGGAGGCUCACAUGUGCAGCUGCUAAGACAUACAAAGGUUCAAGGACUACGUGCACUUUUCCUGCAACUUUUUUGCCUUUUUGUGGAGAGCCGCCGAAAGAAUUCUUACGAAUGUAUUACCACCCACUUAACAUACAAGCAGUGAGGUUUGAACUUGAAUAAAAAAAGAACCUUAUUCAUGCUUCCAGUCACAGAGCUCAAGGUUUUAUAUAUUUGUCUUUUCAUUGUAAUUAACUUAAACAGUGUUAACACCUCAUGUAUUUUUAUUCAAAUGUAAUUUUGCUUUGUAUCCAGCAAUAAAACAAAUCU